AUGCAGCUAAACGAUUUACGUUUUGCUGAUGACAUCGCUCUGAUAACAUCUAGCAUCGGCCAAGCAGCACGAAUGCUGGUGGAAUUUGACGAAACACAUGUAUGCAUCGGUCUUCAGCUGAAUCUGCAGAAGACGAUGUUCAUGCGUGACGGAUGGGUCUCGGAUGCUCCAUUCACACUCAACAGAACGAACAUAUCGGAACCAGCUACCAUGCACCAGCUACGUCUAUAUAGGUCGAGAACAAAUAUGAAGAACGACUUGACCCGGAACUGGGCAGGAGCAAACGAGCGGCUUGGAGAGCGUAUAAGAGCAUUGGAGAUGAAGUGA